GAUGGGCGUGGUUGGUGGUACCUUUACGAUGAAGGGGCGUGGUCAGAGCUGCUCGCUUCCUCCAUGAGCAGUGCUGGCUGCCAGGCGUUUACAGGAGGGAGGUGGGAGGAGAAGGAAGAGGAGAGAGGGGACAGCUCCAGCAGAAGCAGCAACUUCCCAGGGCUGUGUUAUUGAGCGGCAGUGGCCGGGACUCCCAGCGGAGAGCAGUCCUCCUUCAUCGCUACCACUGCAUGAGUCCAUGGAUUACAUGACAGUGUCAGAAUGCCUCCAGAUCUCUUGUGCAAUUUGUAGAAUUGCCAUUUACACGUGUUUUCGAGCCCUCUGUUGUAAGGGUCCUCCUCCUCCUCGGCCUGAAUAUGAUAUUGUUUGUAUAGGACUCACAGGAUCUGGGAAGACAAGUCUUUUAACACAACUGUGCAGUGAGAGCCACGACAAUAUUGUGCCUACUACAGGUUUUAGUAUAAAAGCCGUUCCAUUCCAGAGUGCAAUUCUCAAUGUGAAAGAGCUUGGAGGAGCAGCCAAUAUCCGAAAAUACUGGAGUCGUUAUUAUCAGGGAUCUCAAGGAGUCGUAUUUGUCCUUGAUAGUGCCUCAUCUGAAGAAGACUUAGAAACUGCCAGGAAUGAGCUCCAUUCCGCCCUGCAACAUCCACAGCUAUGCACUUUACCUUUUUUAAUACUGGCCAACCACCAAGACAAGCCAGCAGCACGUUCAAUACAGGAGAUCAAAAAGUAUUUUGAACUUGAACCACUUGCACGAGGAAAAAGGUGGAUACUACAGCCGACAUCAUUGGACAACAUGGAAGCCGUAAAAGACAGCUUUUCAAUGCUAAUAAAUUUACUUGAUGAGCGAGAACUUGAGCCAGUCCAGAUAUAAAAAGUGAGAUUCCCGUCCUUAGAUCAACAACUGUUUUGAUUCUGGAGUUGCAAGAGACGAGUGAUGUUGUCGAGCUCGGACCAGGACGGAUCAUGCAUUGUUUCGAAUUUUCUUUUAAUGAUCAAAGUUCCGGAUGUGUUUAUGUUUAUGUUAGAAGAAAGAAAACUGGAUUCUUCCAUACUGCAUAAAUAGUUGAUUUCACACUUUUAUGGUCGUAUUAACAACCUCAGGCUUUUGUUAUGUUCCUCUUUUACCGCUUUAUAUUUCAUUUACAGUGCAAGACUGCUCACCUGACAAUACAAUAGCAUUGUAACGUCAAAAAGAUGUAUCUAAUUUUAGUAUGUACCAUUUGCACAGUCGGCCAUUUUGAACCUACAUAACAUAUCUCCUGAACGGAUAUCACUUACCUGAUACCCAAAAAUUGUUGUUUUACCACCAAACGUUCUUCCUCUACUGCAGUGUGGUAUAUCUGAUUCACAUAGUUAAUUGAAGCAGAUAUUUAUAACCAUUAACGUGUGUUACCUAGGGGUGAAUAUUAUUGGGUGCUUUUCAAACCUUGGGCAUGGCUUGGUUUUUAUAAAAGUAGGUUUAUAUAUCGGCAGUAUGAGGGUAGUCUUGUGUUGUAAUGGGAUACUACUGAUUUAGUGCUCAGUCUAUACCCUACAUAAGGUAGUUAACUUAAGUCUGAGUGUACAUGUGUGUUUGUGUAUAUAUAUAAUUUUGUUUGUAACAUAAACCUUAAUUUCUUUGCAUAUUUUAAACAAUGUAAUAUAUUACACUGAAUGUUGUUGCCUUUCAUUGUAAUAUGUAGAUUAUUUUUAUUUAAACACAGCCAAGUUUUUUUCCACUAGGAUAUUUAGUUGUAAAUAUCUAGGCUGCCAUUGUGGGAUAGGACAUUUUUGAUUAACUUUUUUUUUUUUCUUCUUCUUUUAUUGUUGGCAGUAAGGAAGUAAAAACAGUAUUAUGGUAAAUUUACUGUAUCUGUAAGAUGCCAUUAGUUUCCAUUAAACACUACUUUUAAUAGUUUGCUGGGGGAACAUUUAUAUUAAAUAUAGAGAGAAUUGUUUAAUGCAAACAAAAAAAUAUAUAACAAUUGAAUGCUAUGAAGAUUCAGUAAUGGAAAAGGGACCCAAUAAAAUAGUUUCAUAUAAAACAGGAAUGUCUGUGUUAUAGCUAUAGUAAUAGAACUCUUGUAAUAUUGCAUUUUUUAGUCCUCUUUUGUGACAGUUGUGUCUUUUUUUUUCACUUUGCAAAUAGCAAAACUAAAUAAAAAAUAAACUGAGCAGCACAAUGUUUUUAUUCACAGGCUAUACAGGCUAUAGAUUAAACUGGUUUUAUAUAUAUAUAUAUAUAUGUUAUUUUUUAAAUGUAUUAUGCUGCUGAUGGGUUCACACAAGAUAAAAGAAAUCCUUAUAUAGUCAGGAUCACUGUAUUUGGAUUUACUGUUUUUCUUGGGGGGAUUGUUUUU